UGGGAAAUGUCAAAUUAUACAUUGGAGAGAAGGUCACAAGGAAGAAUGCCGCCCUUUUACCACUGCUCACCAGAUCAAUGGUAUGGGAGGUACUUCUAAUCUGAAGGCGUCAAAACUAGAAGAGAAUGAGAGUUCUGGUUAUAGCGUUGAGACUGAAGGGGAACAGCGUGCUAAACCAGUUGAAACCUCCCCUGAAGUGCCCACAUGUUCUAAUGCCAGUCGCUUGGGAUUACCUCAUGGGAAGGAUGAUAUUCAAACUGUGUGUCUGGCAGAUGAUAAAGGGACAAAUUUGACUGGUCACUUAUUACCUAAGGGAUUUUCUGCAUCCGCUACCUCCAGUGAAUCAUCUGUUGAUGCUUCUGUCAGUGAUUCAAAUGAUUCUGAUAGAUCAGAUGAGCAUCAGUCAACUAAUGUUUCUCUGGAGAAGUUUGACUCUAUUUGUGAAAACAUCAAACAAACUAAGCCACCUUUCUCAAAGCACCCCCUUUGGGCCAGCUCUGUAGAUAGUUUUAUCCGUUCAGGUAAGGUUAAUCAAAUCAAACCGAAUUGUAUUGAUGGAGAUAGUCAGUGUGGAUCAUCAAGUUCAUCAGGUUGGAGUGUUGGUGGCUCCCAUGAGUCUUCAUUCUCUGAGCCUUCUACAUCCUCUUCUGGUUUCUGGGAUGGAACUCUUGAAUCCAGUAGGUCCAGAAAUGAUGCCCUUGAUGGUUCUGUUCUGUUUAGUUCCAAUGAGGCUGGUGAUGGCAAUGCAGUUUCUGCUAUGGAUCAUCGUAGUUCUUCGUUUGACUUGGCUGGAAAUGCUGUUUCUGCUGUGGAUGUACAAGGCUUUGGCACCAAAACGUCCAUAUCAGAAAAUGUUCAAUCAAUUAAGUCUGGAAGCAGGGAGCCUACUGAUGGAAUUGCAAAACUGAAAGAAAGAAGUGAAAAUGGUUCAAAGUCCAGGAGAUCACCCUCGUUGAGCUCUAAAAUGUCUAAUCAUAUUGAUGCCGACAUACUGAAAUCCAGUGAACAUAGAUAUUCCUCAUGUAGUGCAUCUUAUGCUUAUCCGACUUCCAGUGCUGAAGGACGUUCACAAAUUAAAGAUGUUUCAAAGGUCAGUCCCUUGCCAUCCUUGAGUGCUGAACGGUCAAAUUACGGGGUUAAUAACACAAGCAGCACUUUACAUACGCUGAAAUCUGAAGAAGUUCGAUCUUUAUCAUCCAAACCUUCUGAUACUCAUUUAUCAUCUACAUGUGGAAGGCAUACAGUUCAGAAUGUGCAAUCUGGGCAAAUUGACCCUGCUUACGAGGGUGCUGCUUGUUCCUCCCAGUUUGCAGGUAAAUACCCAAAUGCUGGAAAUGGCGUGAAAACAUCAAUGAGGAAAGUUGUUGACCAGCUCAGAGCCUCUACAUUAUCACGGUACUAUACCUUAGGGACUGGGAGUGAGAUUGCGGGAAGAUAUAGUAAUAAGGGCCUCUUUCCAUACGAAUUGUUUGUGAAGCUUUAUAACUGGAACAAGGUUGAGCUCCGCCCAUGUGGUCUUACAAACUGUGGGAACAGUUGUUAUGCUAAUGCUGUGCUCCAAUGCUUGGCAUUUACCCCACCUCUCACUGCUUAUUUUCUCCAAGGACUCCAUUCCAAAGCAUGUGAAAAGAAAGAAUGGUGCUUCACCUGUGAGUUUGAAAAGCUGGUUCUCAAGGCAAAGGAUGGUAGUUCCCCACUUACUCCAAUUCGGAUAUUAUCCCAGAUACAAAACGUUGGAAGCCAUCUUGGUAAUGGCAGAGAAGAAGAUGCGCAUGAAUUUUUAAAGUAUGCUAUUGAAGCCAUGCAAUCUGCUUGUUUAAAGGAAGCCGGGGUAAGUGCAUCAGGUUAUUUGGAAGAGUCAACUCUCAUAGGCCUUACAUUUGGGGGCUACCUUAGAUCAAAGAUAAAAUGCAUGAAGUGUGGAGGCAAAUCUGAGCGGUAUGAAAGGAUGAUGGAUCUGACUGUUGAGAUUGAAGGAAAUAUAGGAACCCUCGAAGAGGCUCUAAGACAGUUUACGGGUACCGAGAUUUUAGAUGGCGAAAACAAGUACCAAUGUAGCAGAUGCAAAUCUUAUGAGAAAGCCAAAAAGAAGUUGACAGUACUGGAGGCUCCUAAUGUUCUGACUAUUGCAUUAAAGAGAUUUCAGUUGGGUAAAUUUGGGAAACUCAACAAGUCAAUUCGGUUCCCAGAGAUUCUGGACUUGGCUCCUUAUAUGAGUGGGACGAGUGACAAGUCCCCAGUUUACCGGCUUUUUGGAGUGGUGGUUCACUUGGAUGUCAUGAACGCUGCAUUUUCUGGUCACUAUGUGUGCUAUGUGAAGAAUAUUCAGAACAAGUGGUUCCAGACUGAUGACAGUACAGUCAAAGCUGUGGAACUUGAAAAGGUCUUGACAAAGGGGGCGUACAUGCUUCUUUAUGCUAGGUGCUCGCCACGGGCCCCAAGAGUAAUAAGGAACUUAAUAAUUCCUCGUGAUCCAAGAUAUCCAAAGAAUCCAACAUCGAAGUCAAGAUCCAAUUCUGCAGGCCCAUGGGAUGAUCCUCUGGCUGAUUCGCUGGGUGGUCACAUUCCACAAGGCCAUGCAGGUGUCCAUAUGAUUCAGACGAGUUUGGAAGAGGACUCUUCUAGUGACAUUUCUUCCUCUUUCUUCUCCGAGGCUGGUUCUUGCAGUACCGAGAGCAGCAAUAGGGAUUCCACUGGCAUUGAUGACUACUUUGAUCAAAUAUUUGGUGAUUUGGGAUGCAAUUGGAAUAGCCCUCAUAGGAAUUCCUCAGAUUCUGACACUUCAUCUUCCGCAUCAUCUCCAUCUCCCAUGUACUCAAGGCGUCCACACCCUGCCAACUUGGACUAUAAUGCUUCAAGAUAUCCUGAGACGAGUGGCUCUCGGAUUGAUAGUGCGGAACCAGCUGUGGAUAGUGGUGAUCUUUGGGCAAGACAACCUGGCUGGAGUAGCAAAGUAAGUGUUCCGUAUUCAUAUUCUGACUCAACUAAUCUUAGGAAACUAGUUAGUAGCAGUAGUUGUAGGGAGACCGACUCAAAUAGAUUAGGAUCAGUUUACCCUUUCGGCAACACGAAAUCUGGUGUAUGUUUUAGAAGAUCAACGAGUGGAAGAACGGAUUAA